CAAUUUUGGUUCUGUUCUUUUAUAACUUAACUUGCCAUGUCAAAUCAAUUUGUUGAUUAUUAGCCCAUUUUCUUUGCUAUUGAACAUUUUUCCCCUCAGUCUUCCAAGAAUUUUGUUCUGUUCUUUGAUAACUUAAACUAGCCAUGUUAAAUCAAUCAAAUUCUCAAUCUCAUGUUAGCAUGUCAGGUUUGUCCGAGCUUGCUCACUCGGAUAGACCCCUAACCUUCUCUGACAUCAUGGACUUAGUGAUACCUAAAUUACUUGAUAUUACUGCUUCCACACACAUUAACUAUAGUGAGAUGCAAUUGAGGCGGUUAAAUAAAUUCAGGAUGGAUUUGGAGCAUAUUAAUGACCAUUUCAAGAGGCUCAAGGCCUUGGAACAGCAUGCUGAAAAGAUUUUUAAAGCUCUCUUGCAACAGGUAGUGGAUUCGGAAGAUGCUGUAUCUAGACUAUUUAUUGAUGAUUCAAUGUACUGGCAGCUUGAAGAAAACCUUACAAGGAUCAAGAGGCGCAUGCCUUCCACUACUUUUGGUCGUCUUUUAACUGGAUUCAAAGAUCCUAAGCCUCGGGGUCAUGAACAUGAAGAGGAGCACAGAAAAUUGGCAAUUUAUCCCUCUGGCCUGAACCCCUUUUUUGAGAGUCCUGCUGUUUUUAGGCGGCUAACUCAAAGUUAUGAGCUGCUUGAUCCUUUACUUAAGAAAUGCUUACUGUGUUUCUCAGCAUUCCCAGAGGGUGUUGAGGUCAAUAAGAGGACAGUCAUCUAUUGGUGGAUUGGAGAGCAGCUGGUUGAUCCACCGACCGUUGAUGAUGGUGAGAAGAAGGGGCAUGAUAUAUUGAGAAUGCUAGUUGAGCAUGGCUUUCUCGAGGAAGUUAUUAUAAAGGGUAGGGUGACAAGUAGAUGCAGGCUUCGUCCUUCUAUUUAUCCGGUUUUAAUUUACCUUGCUCAGGCUGCUGGUUUUUUUUAUCAUCCCGAUGACAGGGAAUAUAAUGAUAAUAAUCUGAGCUAUGGAAACAAGCGUAGGGUAUAUUUAGUAGAAACAUCAAAUCCAACAUCCUCUUCCUGCUUGAAGUACCUAAAAAGUAGCAGGACCAAAGACCUUAAGUGCAUAGAAACACUGUUUAAUGUAAACAAGUGCUACAUGGAUAUAAAGCUCCACUGGUUCUGGAGGAUGAAAAAUGUGAAAGCUCUCUAUCUGGGGAGGUGCGAUUCAAAGUCCAUCCAAUACAUUGAAGUGAAGUCCAGUAAGUUCCUUGCAGGACUGAAGCAUAUGGAGGGGUUGAGGCUUUUGAGUCUUCAGGGGGUGUCAAAGAUCGUAAAACUCCCAGAUUCAGUUGGUAAAGUUAAAAGUCUAAGAAUUUUGGAUCUUAGAGACUGCAAUGACAUGGAGGAAUUGCCUGACUCUAUCAAGUCGCUUGGGAAACUAACACACCUGGACUUGACAGGCUGUUACUCUCUUGCUUGCUUGCCCAAAGGAAUAUCCUCCCUCUUCGAGCUUCAAGUCUUGAAAGGAUUUUUUUUCAGAGAGAAGCACCAAGAUAAGAGAAGUUUAUGCUCGUUUCAAGAUCUAAAGAGGCUGAAGAAGUUGAGGAAACUGAACAUCACCACAAGUCUUGAGAGUUUCCCAGAUUAUAAACACCUUGAAGCUCUUGGUGAGAUGACUGAGCUUCGCAAGCUGACAAUCGAAUGGCAAGGGUUGUUCAAGGAAGGAACUACCAAGAGGUCCAAGACCGAGCAUAAAGAUGUUGGUAAUUUCUUUGGGGGUCUGGGUCUGGAGAAACUUGACCAUAAAGAUCUUGGCAAUUUCUUGGGGGGUCUGGAGAAACUUGACCUCCAACACAUCCCAUACAAAUGUGCACCAGCAUGGCUGACACCUGAAAAGUUGAAAAAUUUGAAAAAACUGUACAUUAGAGGAGGUAAACUAGAAAAACUGGGUGAUGAGGAGCAGCAUCUAGGGUGGGAAGUAGAAACAUUGCAAUUGCUGCACUUGCCCGGACUGAGCAUGACAUGGACUGUACUACAGGGGUGGUUUCCAAAGCUUAGGUACUUGGAACAAGUUAAAUGCGAUAAACUUACUUCCAUCCCGUGUAAUAUUGAGGGCGUUUGGCAAAAACUCCCAUAGGAGAUACAUCCAUAUUCUUUAGCACAAUGCUAUGGGAUUCUACAUAGUUGGCCAUUGAUUUUAUUUUCCUACUCUGUUGGGGGCGACUGAGAGGGUGUUUAGGAAGAGGAAUAGAUACAAUUGGUUAUAUCCUAGAAGUAAUAGUGGGUUGAAAAAAAACCCACUAACACAAUAACCCCAAAAAGAUGCGAAGAGGCAGCCGCAUAAGAGGCAGAGAACACGGGAAGGAGACGAACACGCAGAGGGGAGGACAAAGCAGCAGCAAGACCCGUGACUGGACCGAGCAUUAAGCAGCGUCCAACUACUGAAAGACACUCAAAUUUGGAGUCUCUACAAAUGCUGGACAGGCUGGUUAGUGAAGCCCUGAGAAUAGAUAUCUUAAAAAUUCCCUUAUCUUUGUCUGAGCAACACGUUAAACUAGCCUAGAUACUGCAAGAUCGUCAUCAUGUACAAAGCUGAAUUCACAUCUUUGGAAGCAAAUAUGAAAAGUAAAUGCCCGGUAUGCAACUUCAUUUUGAGGGAGGUGACUGAAUUGAGGUGCUGUAACAUAAUCUGGCAUAUAGUGGAUGAUUGUUGGUGGGAUCUAGAUGAUUGAAUGUUGAGUUGUUGGGAGGAAAAAGUUCGGUGGCAGGAAGUUCCUGCGCUCUGAUGUUCUGUCUUUUAUUCUUCAUGGGCCAACAUAAACCGGCUGGUGGGCUAAUUGGCUGGUGCGACUGCCUUGGGCUGUGCCACCCGAAGGCUGAAGCUUGCUGGCAUAGCCGCACAGCCCACCGCCAUGCUUAUAUGCAUAAUCUGGUGUUUAUUUUAAGAGUAUGCAUGUGUUUCACCUGAGGAAGGUGUUAAUGUGGGACAUAAUAUUAUUCUGUGAAAUACAUUCUGCAAUAGACUUUUUUCUCUACCCAAAAAAGGCAAAGAAAUGUGUAGGAUGUUGCACAUUGGGGAAGUAACUCAUUAGGAAAGUAUUCUCAAAAAAUUCUCUACCUCCCUAGUAAGUAAAAUAAUCGGUACUUUAUAUGCCUUGAAAAAUUGAAUGAGAAUUAGAU